AUGGCUUCCAUGGAGGCCGCAAACGCUCGCUAUCACAAUGGCCAUCAACAGCAGCAGAUCGGCGGCCCGCCCCUGCCCGCUUCGCCUACUCUAACGAACCCUGAUAUGAUACUGCCGGACGAGAUUGAUCAGAGCUACUCCCCCGAAAAAGAUCUUGACGGCCGUGGCCACUCGCCGCUCGGCAUGUGGAAGGGCACACACGCAGCUGCGAUAUCUGCCGACAUGCAACACAUAUUUUCAACUAAUUCGGGAGGGAGCACGGGGGGUCUGUCUUACGGCCUUAACGCACCAGCAACGCCGACGACACCUAUUAUAUAUGGCAACGGAACCAUGCUGUCGGACAUUGGGGAGGUUACGGAGGUGGAAAGCACGCCGGGGAAGCCGUCUCCAACGCGAAACAAGGGUCGAAGGGCGACAUCGCUCACACGUCGAACCGGACUGGAUGCCACGCUGCGAUCCUCCCCUACAAUAGGAGCAACAUCGGCCAUGCAAAAGUCGAAGCAGAUUGCCGCAGUCACACGUGAGCGCAGAGCCAGCAUGGAGAGUACGAGUACGAUAACAACGGAGAAUCAGGCCGGAUUAUUCGCCGACUUUGACGAUUCCGCUAGCGUGGAGGACAGCGUCUUUCAAGGGGAUGAUGAGGAAAGCACCGCCUCCUCUUACCACGAGGGAAGGCUGGCUGUUGAUCCUGACAGGUUAGGGGUAACCAGGAUGACCAGCAUGGAUCGACUCAGCACUUAUUCGACAAGCUCUUUGAGCCGGCGGGCCGAGGAGAUUCUGGCAAAUGCGAAACAGCGGCUCACGGUAUGUUUGGGAGGGAAAAGUAACUUGACUCGUGCGCGAAGCUCUUUACACAACAACGCAUACGGGUCUGACGGUUCGACGCCGUCACCACCAUUUCAAAGAGCCGCAACAGUAGCGCAACCACGAGAUGCGGCCACAAUCAUCGCUUCAGGUGCUGCCGCGAUUUCAAACCAGGCUUCUUCUGGACACACGCGAAUAUCGAGUGACAUUGCUAUGCGCAACGGGCUGCCAUACCGGGUCGCUGUACCGAGGUCACAAAGUGCUAUGGGUGUAUCAGGCGGAUAUAGGCAACCUCUGGUCAUGUCACGCAGCGCCGAUCAAAUUCGUGAGGAGAUCGAUGAUGAGCACGGCCGUCCGACAUACAAUAUUCCGCCAGCCAAGAAACCAGGUCCACACGCUCUGACGGAAGAUGAGGUUGCCCAACUCGAAGGCCCGGACAAUGAAAGUCGAAGCGCCAGGAUAGAGGAGUUUCUCAGUCCCACCUCUGGGUCGUUUAGCAGCAACGAAAGCCGAAGGAAUUCUCUGCUGCGAUCCACCUCUUCUGCUCAGAUGCGAGAUAUCAAGGAUCAAAUGAAGGAUCUUAAGGGGAAAAUCUCAACAUUACGCGAGCAAGCCCGAGCAGACAAUCUCAAACGACGGAGCUUGCAGAGCCUCAGAACGCCGAGUCCGUUCACGUAUUCGCAAAUGGACCAGUGGUACACGGAACCCCCUUCCAACAGGAACUCGAUCGCUCUGACAGGCAGCGUAUCGGGGAGGAACCCCUGGAAUGGAGAAGAGUCUGAUCUUGAUGGCGAUGUCAAGGACAAUGCUCAAGUCAGUCUCAGGGGUAGCCACCUGGAUGACGUGACGGGUAUUUCUCACGGCACACAAACACAAGGCGAACUAGACCUGGACGACUACCGGGCCUUGGAGACGGACGAUCCCAUGCAUACUGCACGCGAGGAAGUGAGUCCCGAUGACGACGAUGUCUCGGACAUGCUCACAGAGAACGGUGACGUGGAUGACGAACAACUAGAAGACGAAUUCCAGGACGCCGACGAAGAUAUCAAGAGCGAAAGUGGAGAAUCACUGUAUCACGAUACUGUCCAACACCAGAUCUCCCACGAAGAUCGCGAGGACGCAUUUGAUUACGAGCAUUUCUUCCUGCAUAGCGCUAUGGGCACCAUGAGCCGCCAAAAGCUGGAGAGACGAGGCAGUGUAGACAGCUACACGUCAGAAGAUUCGGUGGAAACCACGAGAGGCCCCACGAGGACGGACGACUACAGCGACAGCCCUAGCAAGUCCCUAUCUCCCAUGAGCAGGCGGAACAGUAGGGAUUCUGUUUCGACAGUAGAUACCUUCGCUACUGCCGAAGAGGCUAGGUCACGCAAGUCACCGGUCACACCAGAAAUGGGCUAUGGCUCGGAUGGCACGUUUCCCGGCUUCUCUAGGAUAUCUAUAUCCCCAGAUCGCAACAGAAGUCGAUCUGUCAAUUCUGUCAGGACAAAAAAAUCAUCAUUCAGCGCCGGGAGUUCUCACCAUGCCUCGGGAUCUGGGGCAACCCAUCCGCAUAUGGCUGGGGAUAGCGACGCUUCCAUUUCAUCGAUACCAGAGGAGGGUUCGGAGGGAGGCGCACAUCAAACUCCACGGCAACCGAUUCUCAGGAGGCCCACGUCUGUUUCCGCAUUCUCAUCUCUCCAUCGACCAUCCGUAGCAUCACUUGACUCUCAAGGGACCAACCGGAGCUUUCCACUAGUUCCCAGCAGCAAAACAAAACGAGCCAGCAGCAGUGGCAUGCUCACACCCAGUGACUCACCCGAUCACGAACUCAAAAGUCUUUCUGAGAGUUUGAUGAGUGAGACGGCCAGCGUCUAUGAGCAAGCGAAAGCCGGUGGCGAAUCCAGCAUCGGUCCCAGGGCGAGGGCUGCCAGUGUAGCUAGCACCUUCACCGCUGGAGGCCUUGGCCUGCCUAGGGAAAAGGCCUUGCCGCUGCAGGAGCUGCUCAGGGAGGAUAAGUUCCUCGUGGAGAGGCUUGUGGCAAACUUGGGCAAGUGUGUGCUGGGUCUGACGGAGAAUGGGAGGGCGAGCAUGGAGAGCAGGCAAUUCAGGCGGAGGAUCGAGGCUGCGAACCGGAUAUUGGAAGGGUUGGGGGAGCCACCCGAGUGA